CUGCCCUUGCCGUUCCCUCGUCUGUCCUGCCCACCGUCACCGCCGUCGUACACGCCCAGCUCGUCGUCGUGUCUGGCGUCCCCGCCCGCUCCUUCCGCUAUGUCCUCCGUCGCUGGUCGCAAAAAGUCUAUCAUCUCCUCUGCCGCCGUCCAGAUCGACAUCCCAGUCGCACACAACACCCUCCUCAACCAGUCUGCUUCCCAGUCAACGUCCCUCUACCAGCGAUGCGCCAUCCUUCGCGCACGUCUCCUCACCAUCGACCGCUUCUCAGAGUUCUUUCAGCUCUCGGCACCGUCUGACUCGUCUCGCCGCUCGACUGAUCCAGUCACACAAGUAUGGGACUGUCUCGCUAUCGGCGCACCGCUCUGCUACCUCUUCAAUCUCCUGCCCCCUCCCUACAAGCCCAUCGAGGGCGUAGACCCAGACCCUUCCACCUUCAACAUUCACGACGAGCGUCUCAAGAAGCGUGCUAUCGCCUUCUUCUCCAUGCGCAUCCACGAAGUGCCUGACUGCGAGGGCUUCAAGGUCACUGACCUCUCGGAUCGCGACUCAACCGACGGCUUUGUCAAGAUUAUCCAAACCAUCACCAUUCUCCUCGAUGCCCUCCCAGAGAGCGUCUUCACAGAAGUCGCUCCUCCUUCACCUCCCAUGCCAGAGGACUCCACCGAGUCACUCACCGCAACAACUCCUUCCGUCCCUGUUCCCGCAAACGCACAGGAAGCUGCCCGGAACAAUAUCAUUAAGGAGAUUGUCGAAACAGAGCGUAAAUAUGUACAGGACCUCGAGGUUAUGCAGACAUACGCACAGGCUCUCUCACAGAGCAGUACAAUCGAUCAGGAUACCAUACACCUCUUGUUCCCCAAUCUGAACAAGCUCCUCAAUUUCCAGCGCAAGUUCCUCAUCCGGGUAGAGGGCACCGCAGAACUACCCUGGAAAGACAUGCGAUGGGGUAUCCUAUUCACAGAGAACGAGGAGGAGUUCGCCGUGUACGAGCCGUACUGCGCCAACUACACCAAUGCGUCCGAGUUGAUGCUCAUGGAGGAGCAGAACCUCCAGAAAUUCAACCACGUGAUCAACGCCAAAUCGGAACUCCCUGCGUUUCUCAUCAAACCGGUGCAGCGAAUCUGCAAAUAUCCCCUAUUGCUCGACUCCCUGCUCAAAGCGAUCCCACCUGCCGAGUACCCGUACUACGACGAACUGAAAGAAGGCUCGGCCGCGGCGAAGCGGAUCACCGACAAGAUCAACGAAGCGCAACGACGAGCGGAGAACCAACAGACGGUGCAAAACCUCGCGUCGCGCGUGGACGACUGGAAAGGUCACCAUGUCACGUCCUUCGGCGAGCUCCUGCUCGACAAUAUCUUCAUCGUGACCAAGUCGGAAGUCGAUAGGGAGUAUCACGUGUUUUUGUUUGAGAGGAUUAUAUUGUGCUGUAAGGAGGAUCCGACGCCUGGGGGAGCGAACGGGAAGAAGGUCGGGAAGAGUAAUUCGAUUUUGAAGAAGCCGCAGACGCCGACCGCGUCGCAGACUGCUCCCGGGGUGAGCGGCGCGAAGAAGAAGACGACGCCGUUGUUGUUGAAGGGAAGGAUUUAUCUGAAUAAUGUGACGGAUGCGAAGUCUAUUAUUACCGCGGGUACCUAUUCGCUGAAUGUCUGGUGGAAGGGCGACGACGACCUCGAGUAUUUCACGCUUCGCUGUCGGAACGAGGAACAAGUCAAACUAUGGGAAAAUUCCAUCAAACGACUCAUCGAACGCCUAGCCUCCCGACGCGCCUCUGAACGCGCCGGAUCCCGCACCGCCUUCCAAGCCGGCAACUCGACCAACCCCGCCGCGCUCCGUCUCCCACCCCAAGGCUAUAACGCCUCCGACCCCCACCAGAAACAGAUGUCGAUCUCGUCCAACCUCGUGCCCUCGCUCCCGCCGCAUCCGUACGGAAACGGCGCGGCGCGGGCAUACAGCCGCCAAUCGAACCCCUACGGCGGCGGCGACGAACAGCCGAUGUUCAGUCCUGGGGGGUACGGGACUGUUAAUGGCCCGGCUGGUUAUCCUCCACAUGAUGGAUUCGAUGCGGACGACGAUUAUGAGGAUUAUCCGCCUGUGAUGAUUCCUUCUUCGGGACGCGCGACACCACUGGACUCGAGACGCGGGACGGUGCCCGCUAUGCCAUCCGCCUCGUCCUCGGGCACGAACAACGAACCGGAACGCACGAGGGCGUAUACGGAAGAUGUGAAUGGGGCGGUGUUGUCGCAGUGGAGGAACAAUAACCACGCGUCGCACGGAAGUCCGAAUUUACCGUCCAUGGCGCCCCCGUUGUCGAUGUCGAUGAACGGUCUCCCUAUGGCCCCGCGACCAUCUAAUCCAAGAUUGAACUCGACGAUGAGCGCGGCGAGCUUCGUGUCCAAUUCGAGCUUUGGGCAGAACGAUCCGAGACAGCUUUCGGGGAGUGGGGGGAUGGGUGGGGGAGGGAGCCCGGUGUUAGGUGGGAGGCCGAUGUUGAAGAGUCAGUUUAGCUCGACGAAGUUGAGGCAGACGUAUGAAGGAGGGAGUGGGAGUGGGAGUAUUAGUGCGGCGGGUUCGGACGGGUCGAGGAGUGGGGCGGCGUCGCCGCAGAUAUCGAACAUGCAGAUGCCUGGCAUGCCGAACCCGCACUCGCAUCACCUUUCAAACCAUCCACACCCGCACCCGCACGCUCAUCAACAUCAUCAGCAUCAGCAUUCGCAGUCGCAGAGCCAUGGACCGUUGAGGAGCAGGAGCGCGUCGCAGCCUAGUGCGUACGUGCCACGGAACCAAGCAUCGCAGCCGCCACCGCCGCCAUUACCCACGACGGGCGCGCACGGAUGGACGAGCUCGAGCUCUGGGUCUGCGUAUAAGAUGAGUGGGGAGAGCCAGCGCGAGAGCCAGCGGGACAGGGAUAGGGAGGGAAAGAGGUCGAGCGGGUCGAGCCAUUCGAGUAGUGGAGGGGAGAAUAAGUCGGAGUAUAGUCCGAAUAGCUCGAGCCCGAUUACACCGUUUGGGUCGAAUGAUUCGGUCGGGUUUGGGUCGUCGAGGACGUCGCAUGGGGGACCGUUGGGAGAGAACGGGAAUGGGUACGCCAAUGGGAAUGGGAAUGGACAUACGAGCAGGAUUGUGGUGGGGGGUGUGGGGGCGGGUAAGAUGAUGCCUCCGCCGACUUCUGCGGCGUCCGCCAAUGGGGGUGGCGUGGCGGCGGGGUUGGUGAAGGUGAAGGUGCACUUUGGGAACGAUAUUUUCGUGAUUCAGGUGCCGAGGACGACGGAGUAUCAUGAGUUGGUGGAGAAGGUGGGGAGGAAGAUCAGGCUUUGUGGUGGGAGGAGGGAGGACGGGCCGUUGAGGGUGAAGUACGAGGACGAGGAGGGCGAUAUGAUCUCGAUGCGGUCGACGGAGGAUGUGGAUAUGGCGUUUGGAGGGAAGACGUCGGUGACGCUGCAUGUGGCGUGAGUGGCGUUGAGUCGUGUUCGAGUCUCUCCCCUCGUCUCAUUCGGAUGGUGCGGCGGCUGGUCGUCGUUGGAUCGCUCAUUGUUUUUUGUUUCUGCUCGCCUUGCUGUUUGUUGUGGCCUCCCCCCCUCCGUCCCGCCUCGUUCCCCACAUUGUGCAUUAUGGUUCUUCCGCGCCCCCCGGAAUCUCAUCACUCACAUCUGUCCUCCUACGUUGCAUUCUCACCUCCGCAUUGUUACCCUCAUCCAUCCACCCCCUCGUCUCUACCCUCCGCACCACCCCUUCCGUCACGCUCUCGGAUAUCCCUCAUUUCGUGCCCAUCAGUCGGCAUUCAUCGCUUAUAACGCGCCACAUGACGUUCGACGUUCCGCAUGAACCCCUAGCCACCGGCCCUCCUACCCACCCGAAUCUCAUGGCUUUCAUCUGACCCCGACUCCAGACAUCCCCCCUCCCAUCAAAUCAAAAGGCACCCCCGAAUGAACGCACGCACACCCUACCUACCCCGUCAUCGUUUACGCCGCUCAGCCCGACUCUUCCUCGACUUCGUCAACUUAUCUUACUUUCCUGAGACACCUCAUCUCGUCCGGAUUCACGUUCGUUUAUUCUUUCUCUUCUCAUUCCAUCCCAUCUCUUUUCUUCUUUGUUCAUUAUCAUCAAACCGUGUAUCAACUUGAGUCCAUAGUCCUGGGGUCGUUUGUUUGGCACUCGUCUAUGUCGACGCUGGUGCCGCUUCUCGUCCGUUAGGGAUGAUUGUGGUGGACGCCCACCGCACGCGAGACGAGAUUUGCCCCAUACGACCCCUCCCCUAUCCUACCAUAUAUCCCUUCGCUUCUAGUCACUCGCUCUACAUAUAUUGUUUUUUAGAAUAUUGGUAUCUUACCCAGCCACACUCAUUUGCAUCUAUUUCUCAGCCUCGCCCAUAUACUUCGACGUUGUCUAUUGUCAUGCCAUUCUAUCUCGUUGUUCGAGCGCGUCCUCUCCAUUCUGGUGCCCUCCUUUCUCAACUCCCCUCGCCUCCGCGUAUACAUUUCUCGAUCUCUGGCUAUCUUACUCAUGUUUCCGGAGCGGUUCGUCUUUGUUUUUCUUGUUCUAGUUUAUUAUUUUUUGACAUGCAUUCGGUCGGACGUUUCUUUCGGCAUCCGUCCCCUUUUUGUUCUCCCUCUCUCUAUCUCUCGCUUCUCACUCGGAAUUGAAUCUUCGGUGUAUGCUGUUGUGUGUUUCCCUUGCCUGCUCUGCCGGGCGUGCGAUAUCGUUGAAAGAGGGCAGGCUGCGAGUGCGAUGGACGUGAUUGGAUGGGGAUUGUUAGCUUGGCAUGGUUCGUUCAGCCUUCAGUGUGCGUCGCAUUGCAGGAUGUGGACUUCUAUAGGACGGUGUUUCCUUUCUUCUUUCUUUGUCCCUCUCUGCUUCUCUCUGUCCUGUUGGCUUUGUUCUCUGGUGUCUCCGCUUCCUUCGCUGUCUCUAUAUUCUCUUUGUCUGUUUUUAUUUUGUCCCAUCUCAGUGUCUCUAUGUCUGUCAUUCCUCUUUUAUCUGUCCUCUCUGUUGGAAUAAUUCAAGAAGCCAGCUAUUAGUUACAAACCACGUAUGCCCCACCCUUCGCUAUUUGCCAUCGAAGCAUCCAUUGUCCACUCAUAUGCCCCCAUUCCCCUCUAAGUCUUCAUCUUUCGUUUCAAGCUGAUCUGCAUAGUCUUGGUUCUAGUCAUACCUUCCCA